AUGACUGGCAACGUGGGAGGCGUUCCCGAGGUCGGCAAUGCCACGGCCUCCGACGGCCGCCACUCCGAGUCCACCUUUGGACAUUUGCUCACUCACCCUUCAGGGUGUGUACUUCCCAUAAGAAAGCACUCAAUACAGUUUUGUGUACUUCCCACUCCUACCUCUCUCCACCCUGGCUGCCAGAUAUGCCUACACGUUCUUCCACCCGACCGUGAUGAAAUGGCAGUUCAAGACCAACGGCGCCGUCGACGAGUCUUGA